CUUUUAAAAUCUUUAGUUUUCUCUAGGGUUGUUCGAAGGACUCUGUUUUUCUUUUUCUUCUUCUUUCUAAAAAACGCAGCGGCUAUGGAGGAAGUGAGAGGAAGCUCUGCUUGGGUGGCUCAUAAUUCUUCUCACGUUACCAUAGAUUCUUCAGGGAUCGAGAAAGUAGUGGAGAAAAUGAAAGAGUCGAUUCCGAAAGUGGAGUGGGAUUACGAAGGGAUUCAUUAUUUUGACAAUGGACCCCUCACCGUUCAAUACCUUUUUGUUUUGGAUGCUUUGAAUUUCUGUUUUUGGCCCGAUAAGGAUCUAAAUUAUGAUCACUUGGCCAAGGGAUUAAAGGAUGCUUUGCUUAAUGACAACUCCGCAUUCGAUGCAGACCGUCUGCAAAAAUACACAGGUCCUCAACUGCGUGAGCUAUUGAAAUGGCCUCGACCACUUCCUUUGGAGGAGGAACGGGUUCGUUUGUUGCAUGAGGUUGGUUUUGAACUUGAAAGAAGCUUUGAGGGUAAGGCAUCGAAACUUGUUGAAUCAUGUGGAAAAUCAGCUGUAAAGCUUGUCGCACUCGUCACACGUCAUUUUCCAGGCUUUCGAGAUCACUCGGUGUACAAAGGGCAUCAGGUAUUCUUGUACAAAAGAGCACAAAUAUUUGCUGCUGACUUGUGGGGUGCAUUCAAGGGCCAAGGGUAUGGAGAAUUCAAUGAUAUUGGCUCGAUCACUAUGUUUGCCGAUUAUAUUGUUCCAGCUGUGCUCCAGCAGCUCGGUGUGCUGAAAUAUAGUUCGACACUUGCAAAUGCCAUUCAGGCUAGCAGCGAAAUAGGUGCUGGCACGGAAGAGGAAGUUGAACUACGGGCAUGCUCGAUUUAUGCUGUGGAGAAAAUGAGAGAGUUACUAAGUAUUAAGUCCGGAAAGCAGGUUCUGAGUGUGGAGUUAGAUCUUUGGCUUUGGUCUGUAGGUGUUCAAUGCCAGUCACUCCAACAUCAUCGAACACUGUCUAUAUAUUACUGAGCACAUCAUAUGCUCGUAAGCAGGACAAGAAAAUUUGGCUUGCAAACAUCUUAGGAUAAGUUUCUUGUCAGUCACUAACAUCCCUUUAGGUAAUCGGUUUCGAGGAUCGCAGUUUUCAGAUUAACUGUUUCGGAUAAUUGGAUUGGUUCAAGUUUUUAUUUAAUGGUCUAAGAGAAUUUGCAC